AUGCCGUCCCCCGGCGCCGGCCGGCCCUGGUUCCUCCAGGAGGGCGGCGGCGAGUGUGAGCACCCGUGGGCCGCGCUGCUGCGCUUGGUGGGUGCUGAUCUGACCUUGGACGACGAGCCGCUGCCCGCCUUCCCUGACCAGGAGCCGGGACGAGGCCAGGAGCCGGUGGCGCCCCCUGAGGUCUUCACCGUUGGAUCCAAGACCUUUUCCUGGACGCCUUUUCCACCGGCCCCAGGCACCCUGGGAAGCUCUUACCGGCUACUCUGCAGGGCCAAGGGGUGCCCGGGGUCCCCUGCCUGGUCCCCGGAAGGACUCCCCAUGCUGGAUCCCUGCGGGACCCCCAGUGCCAAGGAGCAGCCUUCUGAGGAGGGGGCACCAGCCCUGCAGAGCUGCCCCAUGUGCCAGAAGGAGUUCACCCCUGGACUGGCCCAGCAAGACAUCGACAGCCACCUCGCUCAGUGCUUGGCAGAAGGCACGGAAGACGUGGUGUGGUGACCCGCCGGGUGGUCCAGAGCAGGCUUUUUCCAGGCUGAGUCACCACUGGACAGCGCAGGGGCCCAGGCCUUGCUCCCUGCUACUCCCGGAGCCUCCUCCUCUGCUCGUAAAUGUAGGCAAUAAAGCAGGACGGUGGGAGCUGCUUCUGCCGUCCCUCUGUGUUGAGACCGAAA